AUGGCCACCGGCUGCAGAUUCCUUUCUGAAGAUCAGUUUUUGUGCUCCGUCUGUCUGGAUGUUUUCACCGACCCUGUUUCUAUUCCAUGCGGACACAAUUUCUGCAGGGUCUGCAUCACCAGGCACUGGGAGGGCAGAGAGAAGUAUCAGUGUCCACUGUGCAACGAGAAGUUUAACAAAGGCUUCAAACUUUGUGUCAACACCGGAUUCAGGGAGGUCGUGGAGAAUUUUAAGGAACUUUGUGAGGUAGCUGCCAAUAAUUCCCCAGUCAAACCAGGACAGGUGCCAUGUGACUACUGCCUUGGCAACAAGUCCCAAGCGUCUAAAACCUGUCUGGUGUGCUUGACUUCUUAUUGUGAAACACACCUAGGGCCUCAUCUGAGAGAGGCAGCCUUAAAGAGACACAAACUGACCAAUCCUGUGCACAACCUGGAGGAUCAAAUAUGCAAGAAGCACAAUAGGCUGUUAGAGCUCUUCUGCAGGAGUGACCAGACAUGUGUUUGUGUGUUGUGCACAGAACAUAGCGCUCACGAUACAGUCCCCCUAGAGAAGGCGUGUGUAGACAAGCGGGCUCAGAUGGGGACAAAAAAGUCAAAAGUUCAGGAAAUUAAAUGUAAGCAUGGGAAGAAGGCUCUAAAAACAAAAGCGGCAGUGCAGGCCAAGAGGAAAAGCAAAGAAGUAGUAAUGGCUAGAAGUCUGGUGUUGAAUCAUAUGCAAACUCCUCUUGUUUGGUGGAUUCCAGACAUCUUCAACACUGAUGGCUUUGUUCAAGGAAACAGGCACUUCUGUAAAGGAAGACUGUAUCAUGAGGUUCAGGCUGAAGGGAGCUGGGGUUCAGGAGCAGUCAGAGAGCUGAUGUGUGGAAAGAGGACAUUCGUACCUAACCGUAGCAAUGGAAACUGGGUCAUAAGGUUGGGAACUGACAAUAACUGCAAGAAUCCAGUAAUCCCUGCCAACUUCUUCCUGAUAAAAAAACCUGAGAGAGUCAGGGUGUUUGUAGACUAUGACAAUGGAUCGGUGUCCUUCUGUGAUGCAGACACUGCAACCCUGGCCUACACUUUCACUGGCUGCAAGUUCAAUGAGAUGAUUUACCUCUUCUACAGGCCCGCAGAGGAUGACAGCGGGACACAGAGGCUGCAAACGAGAGUGCGGAAUCUGAGACUAUGGUCACAACUUGAAAAGGCUGCAUUGUGCCUUGUCACUGUUGUCAUUGCCCUGAUUUUCAUGUGCCGAAGUUAA